AAGUUUGCAGCUCUAAUUUGCUGAAAUAAAUCUUCCUGUUUUUUCCUCUCUUCUUCUAGGACUCCUGUGAUACAAAUGCUUUAAGGAGUUGCUGAGUUCCCUAAGUCUACCAUCGUGAUCCAAUACCUUUGUUGCCCUCUUAUUUUUUGCUUCAUUGUUCUCUAUAAUUCUGUCUUCUAUAUCACUGAUUCAUUCCUCUACUUCAUACAUCCUUAUUGUCAUGUCAUCCAGUUGGGUUUGCAACUUAAUUAUAGUAUUUUUAAUUUUAGCCUGAGAUUUUAGUUUUUUUUAUCUCUGCAGUAAAGGAUUCUCUAGUAUCUUCUAUGCUUUUUUCAAGCCCAGCUAGUUAGUAUCCUUAUAAUCGUUGUUUUAAAUUAUGGUUCAGAUAUCUUAUGUCUGUAAUGAUUGAAUCCCCAACUGUGACUUUUUCCUUUUCUUUCCUUUGGAUGGAUUCCUCUAUCUUGUCAUUUUCUUUAGGUCACUGUUUUUUUGUGUGUGAUUAUUAGGAAAGCCUGUUCUAUUCCUGCUCCUGAGAGUAAUGGCUAUAUUAAGAAGAGACGAACAAAAGGGGUAUCCUAUAUGCAGUUUGUCGUUGUAUUUUGGCUUUUCCUACCCUCAGGCCGGUCCUCUGUAGAGUGUCUCCUUGCUUGCAGUAGGGGGUGUUUGGACAUUGUCCACUGUGUGGUAGUUUUUGUCCAGGUCUGUAGGUGUGUUUUGAUCUGCUUUUUAAAAGAUGUGGGAUCAAAAAAAAAAAAUGAAGCUAGACCUUAUUUCUCCUAAAUUGAAGCUUUGAAGCACUCUGUCAGUAAACUCUGUGCAUGAGGGGAUGCACUGGGUUUGGGGGAGAAGCCUGCUCGCUGAUUUUCAGGUGGUCUUGCCCUAGUAGAGAUGCACCUGCAGGGCACAGUGGGGUGGAGCUUGUUGUAAGCAGCUCUGGUCUCCACUGAGGAGGCUGUUUAGCUCAUUGAAUUUGGUCAGUACUGAUGGGGGAGAGCAAGAAAGUGAUGUUGCCAGCUCUCUUCUCCUGGGAGCAAGGAGUUCGCCCCGCCACUCCUCAAGAAGUCAUUGUAGAAGAGCAAAGAAUCCCUCUCUACUGUUCCCAGCUUCUGUCAGAUCCCUGCCUUCACCUUGUCUGAGUCCCAACUGUCUGCCUUCCAGGCAGCACAGUACUCUUAUGUUUUAUCUCUGCCAUGUGGCUGGGUUUCAGAACUCCAAAUUUUAGGGAACUGUGUAGCCCGCACCAAUGCUGAUGCUUUGGGAGAGGGUCUUGCUAUGCUUUUGCCACUUACCAGUUUGUCCCAGGAAAGCAGUUGCAUGACCACACAGUGGUUCAGAGUUUAUGGUGAAGUGCAGCAAAAAGCUGGCACCAAGACUUGAUACCUUCAGCCUGUGUCUUUGUUCCUAUGCUAGGGAAUAGGGCAACACAUUGGCACCAUCAGUUCUUUUGUCCCGGGAGAGUCCAUGCCACCACUCCCAAAUGAACUCCCAAGAAGGGGAACUGUUUCUCCCAGUUGGACCCAGGGGAUAUUCAGAUCAUGCUUCCUACUCCUGUAUCUCCUUCCUCCUUCCUUCCCCACUGGGGCACUGCUAAGCCUGCCAGAUACAACCCAGCGAUGGUAGGGUCUUCUGAAACUUCAGACUUUGAGCUCCACUGCUCAUAAAAACUAACAGUCAGCCCCUCUCUUUUUCCCAGUCACUGGUGUUGGGGAAGAGUUUUUCUUGUGCAGUCCCCUGCCUGUUGCUUCACUCUUUCUCUCUCAUUCAGGCACACCUCCAUGAUCAGGGCUCCCUCCUCUCUGCAGCACUCACAGUUCUUUUCUCCUCCACAACAAUUGUCUGUAGCUCCUACCUUCCACGAGGUGGUUAUUUUUCUUCUUGUAGAUGUGAAGUUUUAUUCUCUCAGUCCUCAAAUCAAUUUCUUAGGUGUUCAGAAUGAUUUGAUAUUUAUCUAGCUAUGUUCAAGGGAUGAGGUAAGCUCAGGGCCCCCCUACUCCUGUGCCAUCCUCCUCCCAUAAUUUUAGUUUUUAAGGCUACCUAAUAAUAGCCAGCUUAUUUCCCAAUUGUGUAACUUUUUUAUAACUUUACAAAAGUUUAUAAAAACUUCUUUAUAACUUUUUUUAUAUGGUUAAAAGUUAACUCUGUCAGGUUAAUACAAACAAAAACUUUCUAGGAACGGAAUUACCAUGUCAAAGGAUUUAAAUAUCUUUAUAGUUCUUAUAUGACAUCAUACUACUUUUAGAAAGCACUACCCUGUGCUUUUGUUUAGUACACAUGUUUAAAUUUUUUUCAUUUACUUUGAAAUUGAUACACAUCCUAAGUUGAAGAAUUUUACUUUGGAUGAAGAAAUGUCAGAAGACUCAGUGUCAAGUUAUAUAUUUAUUUCAUCAUCUGAAGAAAAUAAUGGUACAUCUAAUGAGAUACUUUGUAGCCAUUUGCCUUGUUGAUUAAAGAUUAAUAUGACACCAAAUAUUUAGUAUUUAAUGGUACUUUCUACUUUAACGAUAGUAUAAUUUGUUAAACUUUCUUUAGGCUUCGGGAGCAGGAAAGAAAAGAAGCAGAAGAAGCUAGUCAAAAGGAAAUGGAAGAAUGGGAAAGAAAACUCCUAGCUCAAGCAGCUCCAACUUGUAUGGAGACUAUGUGGGAAAUUCCAGCUAUUGGUCAUUUUCUUUGUUUAGCCCAACAAAUUCUAAAUUUGCCAGAAAUAGUCUUUUACGAAUUGGAACGUUGUCUUCUGAUGCCUCAGUGUAAUGCUUUUCUUUCUAAAAUAAUGACUUCUCUGUUAAGUCCACCUCAUCGCAGACCUACCUUACAUCGAAGACCUACUUUGCCUUAUAGGACCUGGGAAGCAGCACUGAGACAGAAAGUACAGCAGUGGUAUACUGCUGUAGGACAGACUGAAAAUCCUGAUAGCUGUGCUGAAAAGCUUGGGUUAUGUCCUCAGUUUUUUAAAGUUCUUGGAGAAGUUAAUCCAUUGGAAGAAAAACCUUUUCAUGAACUACCUUUUUACCAAAAAGUAUGGUUACUUAAGGGUCUUUGUGACUUUGUGUAUGAAACACAAAAAGAAGUUCAAGAUGCUGUACUUGGACAGCCUAUUCAUGAAUGCAGGGAAGUUAUCUUGGGUUACGAUUAUUUGGAGAAUGCUUAUGUGCAUUUUCCACAGUUCUGUGGUGCAGAUGUACGGAUUUAUAAACAGAGACCUUUUCAAGCCCCAGAAUUUCCAGUUCCACCCAUUAAAAUACAAAGAGUACCUCGGAUUAAACUGGAGAAAUUGAAAUGUGACUAUGUUAGUACAAGUAAUGGAGAACAUAGGUGUAGUAUAGGCCUCUCCUCUGCCUUCAAGAAAGAGCAGGAAACUAAUUUUGAUACAACUUGGGGCUCUGCUAAGAUGAACUUGGAUAAUCAUGACAUCCCUGUUGAAAUGGAAGUGAAAUCCAGCUGUGAAAUUAGAAUUUGCAGGCCCUGUGAAAUUAAAAAAACUGAUUGUUAUAAAGAAAAUUUAGGGGAACCAGGGAGUCCAGGGGAAGUUACUGGCUUUGGAGAGCCUCUUAGUCCAGGUGAAAUAAGGUUUAUAGAAAAUCAAGAAAAAUAUGGUGAAGCUUCCAGAGUAAAGCCUGAACCCAGUCCAUUAAAAGAAAAUGCUCUAAAAUCUUGCCAAAUACAUGUAAAUGGAAGUCACAGUGAUCAUCCAGAAUUUAACUGCCACAAAGUUGUAAGAGACAUUCUAUUAGAGCAGUCACUGCAGAGUCACAAGAAAAUCAAACUAACUAAAAUGAGGGCAAAAAAGAAGAAAAAGAAAAAAAAGAAAUUGAAAGAUGUUUUAAAUGAAAACUUACAGAGAAAGCGUGAAAGUCUUCAUUCUCUUGCGUUCAAAUCUUACAAACCUGAGAUCCAGAAUAAGUUAUUGAUCAUCAAAAAGAAAGCAAAACACAAGAAGCACAAAUCUGGAAAAAAAUCCAUAUCUAAAAAAGCAAUCACAAAGAAGAGGAAAACUGUUACAAAGUCACCCACUGUACCAGAAUUUCAGGGCAAAUGGUAUCAUCGGAGGCAAGCUGUAAAAGAAUUGCAUGGUACAUUGAUACGUCUUUUAAAUGAGUUGCUGCCAUGGGAACCAAAGUUGAUGAAAGCUUUUCAAAGAAACAGGAGCCGCCUAAAGAAAGACUACGAUGAUUUCAGAAGACAGCCUGAUCAUGAUAAAUUUACUAGAGAACUGUGGACUACUGAAGAAGGUGAAGGAGAUCCUGGAAAAGAAUCUCCUAAAGUAGAAAUUAGUAAGUCUGUAGAGGUGACAGAACCUUUGGAUAUCCUGGAGAAAGAUAACUUUGAUUCAGAUGACAUGAAACUGUCUGAAAUAGAUUUUCCUAUGGCCAGAAGCAAGUUGUUGAAAAAGGAAUUGCCUUCUAAAGAUAUUGCAAAGAUACUGCCUAAAACACUUAAACGACAGUCAAAACAAACUAAUUAUGUGGAUGAUAGCACAAAAGAUCUUUCCCCAAGGAAGAAAGCAAAGUUAAGCACAAAUGAGACAACAGUUGAGAAUGCAGAAGGUGAGGUGCAGAUUGACUAUUUGAAUGAAUUCAAGCAUACAGAGCCACUGUUUCCAGAAUCGUUUGCCUCAGUGGAUUCAACACCAGUAUCUGUUCUCCAGAAAGGGACCAAACCUAUUCAGGCCUUGCUUGCAAAGAAUAUUGGGAACAAAGUGACCUUAACAAAUCAACUGCCCCCUUCCACAGGUAGAACUGCUCCUGCUUUGGAAAAACCAGUUAUAUCUCCUCCAGAAGCAAGUCCUAUAAAGCCAGCAUUGACCUGCCACACCAGUACAAAAGGUCCUUUACAAAUGGUAUACAAAGUGCCCUGUGGCCAGUGGUUGCCCAUAGAUCUCCAUAACAGCUCUGUAAAGAUUCAGAUGCAACCUGUGCUAGAUUCUAAAACAGGAGAAAAAAUCAUGCAACAGGUUCUCAUUCUGCCUAAGAAUUUUGUGAUUCAGCACAAGGAAGGGAAAGCAGUUGCAAAAGAAGUACUGCCACUUCAACAGAAAAGUACAGAACAACCUUGUUCAUCUUUCCUGCAGACAACAAAUGUAAACUCUUCUUUAGCAUCAGUUCUUGUCAGCUCAGCAGGAACUGUUUCUACCCAGCUACCUAAUAUACUUUUCAAUAGGACAAUUACACCUUUGUCAAAUAGUGAUAGGCCACAAGCUUUGUCACCUGUAACCUCCAUAAGUAAUUUAUUAACACCACCAGUUAAGACUAGCCAGAGUGAGUCAGGAAAAGUCAAGAAUGCAGUUUCAGCAGCCACAUUUUCCCAGCCCAUUGUUUCAUCCACCAUUUCCUCAACAGUUCAGCCUCUGUUAUCAGCAACAACACUAAGUGGAUCUACAAAUCCUGGUAGUUCCCUCAACUCUUUUGCACAACAAACUCCUGAUUCUUCUGAAGUAAAGCAAGAACUGAAAACUGUGUGUAUAAGAGAUUCACAGUCAAUUCUUGUUAGGACACGAGGUGGGAACACUGGAGUUGUAAAAGUACAGACCAGUCCAGAUCAAAAUUCACCCAAUAGCUUAUCUUCAAGUUCAGUUUUCACUUUUGCUCCUCAGCUUCAGGCAUUUCUGGUACCCAAAUCAACAACUUCAUCAUCCUCUGUUUUUUUACCCUCAGUUGGAGUGACUACUACAUCUAGUCUCCCAUCUUUUAGCCAAACAUCAACUUCUGAUUCCAUUCCAUCUGGCUUUAAUCCAUCAAUGGGAAAGAAUCUCAAGCUUACAUUAGGCCAGUCUUCCUGCGGUGGUAAUUUGGGCCACAUGAUAGAUAAAGCUUCACAUAUGCCACCUUCUCCCUUAAAGUCCUCUCUUUAUUCUGGCACUCUACUAUCAUCAACAGCAAAUAAUUCAGUAAAUGUAAUUAGUAUAUCAACAGGAAAUUUUGGACAAACCAGUACGAAUGUUAUUCAUACUCCAAAUAAACAACAGGGAGAUUAUUUCACAAAAAGUUUCCCUGUUACAAGAUCAGAAGCAACAGCAGCAACAAAUGGUGAUGUGAUCAGUGCAACUGCAGUUCACAAACUUAUGCUGGUGUCAGCUCCAUCUGUUCUUUCUUCUAGCAGUGGAACUGCAAUUAACGUGACACCUGCACCAACAUCUACGGGUGUUUCUGCCCAGAAAUUAGUUUUUAUUAAUGCUCCAAUUCCCAGUGGCACUUCAACUCCAACUAUUGUGGCAGAACCAUUAAAACAAACUCUUUCUCCCCCCUUGAGUAAAACAUAUGUUAAGACUCCAGAACAACCCCAGAUAGUACUAAUUCCAUCAACAGUGGGAGCACCAAUAAAAAUAAAUUCAUCACCAACUGUAUCUCAGAUAAAAGAUGUGAAAAUUGGACUAAACAUAGGUCAAGCAAUUGUAAACACUUCAGGCAGUGUGCCACCUAUACCAUCAAUUAACAUAUUGCAAAAUGUAACGCCAAAAGGAGAAGAAAAAAGUACCAAGGGCUAUGUUUUGCCAUUGUCAACAAGUAGUAAUUCAAUUCCAGUAAGCUCAAGUUUUGUGAGUCAAAAUAUUACUCCUCUUAAUGAAUCAAUGGUUUCUGCAACAAGAGCAGUAAACAUGUUUUCAGUAACAGGAGCAAACGUGUCUUUGGGUUCUCUUUCAGUGACCUCAGCCUCUGCUUCCGUUGGGACACGACCUCCUGUUUUAGUCAGUGGAAAUGAUACCUCUUCAAGAAUUAUGCCUAUUUUGUCAAAUAGACUUUGCACGUCAAAUCUCGGAAACACUGUGGCUAUAUCAACUGUGAAAACAGGACAUCUUGCGUCAUCUGUUCUGAUUUCAACUACACAACCAACAGUGUCUCCUAAAUGUUUAACAUCAGCUUUGCAGAUCCCUGUUACUGUUGCCUUACCUACACCUGUGACUGUAUCCCCUAAAAUAAUCAACACAGUUCCACAAGUGGCAACUGUACCAGGAGCCACAUGUUCUAUAUCUCUUUCUAAAAGACAAUCUCGGACUUCUGUCCAAAUUCAGUCACCAGGGAUUUUAACUACAGUGCCAACAAAUAUAAACACAAAUAAACCUCAAACUGAAUUGCCAUCCCUUUCACAAAGUCUAGGUAAAGUAAUUAAUAUUUCCAAUUUUGCUUCUCUGCCAAACCAGCAAAUGUCCUCUGCUUUAGUAAAAUCAACCUCAAGUUACAGUUCUGCUCCUGGUGGCUCUGCCAUUCACACUGCUACAGCACCAUCAAAUGUGAAUAGUGUGAUAGGGGGUCAGUUCAGUGAACCUUAUAUUCAGCAAAAAAUAGUCAUCAACACCAGUACACCUUUGGCACCUGGUACUCAGAUCAUGAUUAAUGGAACCCGGUUUAUUGUCCCACCACAAGGUCUUGGAGCUGGUAGCCAUGUUCUUCUUAUAUCUACUAAUCCAAAAUAUGGACCUCCCUUAGUUCUUAACAGUGGCCAAGGCCUUCCGGCUAUAUCAGUAGAUAACCCUGCCCAGAUCACACUAGCAUCAAAUAAUUCUUUAAGUGGGCAACCUGUGAAGCAUUGUCUAAGAAGUUCUACAAAAAUUAUAAACUCUCUUGGGAAUGUCAGUCCUCUACCCACAGUACAUACAACAUCACAGAUCAUAAACACAACUGCUAAAGUGUCUGUUCCACUUCCCGCACCAACAGUGUCAUUGACUUCAGUAAUUAAGUCUCCUCCAGCUACUCUUUUGGCUAAGACAUCUUUGGUUUCUGCCAUUUGUUCUACUAAUCCUCCACUGCCAAGUAGCACAUCAGUAUUUCAUCUGGACACAUCAGUCAAAAAAUUGUUGGUUAGCCCAGAAGGAGCCAUUUUGAAUACCAUAAAUCCUCCAGCAUCUAAGGUUUCUUCUCUCUCCUCCUCUCUCUCUCAAAUUGUUGUAUCUGCUAGUCGAAAUCCUGCCUCUGUCUUCCCUGCUUUUCACUCAUCUGACUUAGAGAAGCCCAACACAGCUGCAUCCUGAAUCUAGACUAAAUGAGCCAGUUUUUAAAUAAUGGGGCAUUGUUUUGACUCCCAUAAAAAUUUUAACUUUAUUAUACUGUUGAAAACAUGCUAUACAUAGUUCUGUGUGUUUUAAUGUAUCUUUUCAUUAGCUUGCAACAAGGCUUUGUUUCCUUUGGGAGAAAAAGAUCUGUUCCAUUUAACUCAUUGGUAUGAGUAUGUUUUCCAAAGUUGUUUAAAAUAGACAGAAUCUACCUGUCUGUAUUGCAUAGAUUGGACAAAGUCAAGUUUCACUAGUUCGUAGUAGGCUAGCUCUUUGCACACUUGAAUUGACAUGUUUCUUCUUGAACUUGGACUAUGGCAGUGUGUAUCAACAAUAUUGUAUUCUGUGUCAUUAGUGAAAUCUUGUUUUUUGUUUUCUGUAAAAAUAUAAAUAAAUGUAUGUAUGUAUGUGUGUGUGUGUGUGUAUACACACACACACACAUAUAUUUAUGCAUUGUGAAAAUGCAGUCCAUGUUGUAAAAUUGUACAUAUUCCUAAAUCCCUAACAACCUGUACUAAACUAUAUGUACAAAGAACUAUGCUGUCUUAUUUAUGUUUUGUUUACAUAAUGUAUAGUUUUUUAAAUAUUUUAGUAAUUUUGGACCAGUGAACUGUUAGCAACAAUGCAGAAGAAUCUGCAUGUAAUAAACUGAGUUGCUGUA